AUGAUGUACAAUACUAUUAGUCAUCCAUACCUACAACAGGGACAAGACAUUUACAAUUCCUGUAAUCAGCUGUCGGUAUCCGAUGUGACAACAGCCAGAGAUUCAACCAGUCCUAAUUUCAAAACCCUACCGCCAAUAAAUUUGAAGCAAUCUACUACACAUAUACCUGUUAAAAUUAGUUUCCCAUCAAAUACGAUUUCUCCAAACAUUCCAGAUUCUCAAAUUACAAAUACACUGGCAACAAUAACUGAUAUAGUAUCUCCUCAACCGUUCUUUUCUUAUUCGCCACAAGACCAAACUAGAAUUGCCAUACAGAAAAAUCUAAAGCUAGCAAUUGAAGAAAUAAAAAGAACUGAAUCACAAUACCUAUCUAACUUGAAAACUUUAAAACGAGAUUAUUUUGAGAAAUUGAUAGAAGACAUACAUUUGGAUGUGCCUGUUCCAAUUAAAAUUGUAUACAAUAUUCUAGCUGAAUUAAUACAAUAUCACGAUAAAAUGACAAAACUAUUUGAAAGAGUAGAUGAUACAAACAUUUUUAAACAAUGUGAAGGGUACUGCUCAAUAAUAGCAGAAAACGGAAUCAAUCUUUUUUGGUAUAAAUGGUAUUGCUCGCAGCACCAAAUAAUACAAGACCUGUAUCAUGAAUUUUCUCAACAAAGCGACAGGUACGGGUCAAAAUCACAGUCGAAUUGGAGACAAUUUGUUUUUAAAAUUUGGUUUACUGGCUGGCAGAAUUUUUUUGAGAGCCAGCAGGGUGUGGGGUUAAAAAAGGAUUUUUCAUUAAUGUCUCUUCUACAACGACCAAUUGAUAGAAUAACAAAAUAUCGACUAUUUGUUGAGACAAUUUGCAAAAACUGUAUCAAAUUAGGUCAUAGUACAGCUAAUAUUCAAAACAGUUUUGAAAAAAUUUGCAAUCAAUUAAAUCAAAUUAAUCGAAACACAGAAGAUAGAAACAUACAUAAAGAGUUAUUCGAGUUGAUAGACUUCAGUACAAUUAGAUAUCAUGAAAUGCAAAUUGAUUUCCAGUUUUUUGGUAUCCCGUAUCUUGUUGGUACUUGUUGGGCUGUUUAUGUUGAAAACAAAGUCCCCCGAGGUCAUAAUUUACCCAUUUUAUUGUUCAAGAGCCACUUGAUAUUAAUUGAGUACUGUCAUUACUCUAAACGGAAAAAAUUCGAGCUCAAAUUCGUUGUUCCAGUUAUCAAGUGUCAUCUAGAUUUGGAAUCAACAACUUCUUCCUACGGUCUCCAUACAACUUACCCUCAUUGUAUUAAAGUACUGUUUGAGAUAGGUCUUUGUCACUAUGAACUACUACUUUGUUGGCUUACCAAGACUGAUUAUGACAUCUGGUGUGAGGAAUUAACAGUAAUAGUUUGUUUUGUAAAUGGAAAUGAUGUAUUACAGAAACAGCCAACCACUGAAGCAACCCAAUAUUUGUAUAAAUUACCCACUAACUUGUCUCCCUACGAUAUCAACACAACAUCCGAAUCAUUCACGAUGCGACAAGGUAACUGUUAUUUUAAACAAUGCUUACUAAUAAAAAUUGUAAUUGAUAAGGUUCUAAUGAAAUUGUUGCAUACAGAGAGUUCCAAUAGCAUUCAUACGUCUGUAAAUAACAACCAUGAAGACAAGGGAUAUAAAAUUGUAUUUGAAAAUAAACAAUUAUCGACAAACGAGAGGUUUUUCAGAGCAUCCAUAAGCAAAGGCUUACACAUAUACUUGAUUCAAGAGUCAGAAGCUAAAUUUAUAGACUUUUUUCUCAGUUGGCAAAUCAAGAACCAAUUGAAAUAA